UAGGCACUCCAAAUUCAAUAUGAACUAAUUAGUCGGGCAAUUGAAUUGAUGAAUGCAUUUCUACCGAAGAUAACAUCAUCAAUCAAUUAAAAAUUGCAUUUGAAAAAAAAAGGCAUCAUCGUUUGAAUUCAGAAGAUAAUUCAAAGACUUUUUACAUUCAGCAGGGAAAAGGCGCCGAGAUGGAGAGGAGACGGAAGGGUUUAAUGGCUAAACCCUCGGCCUUGUCCUCUUUCAAGAUCUCCAGAAAAAAUAUCCGCUUCUCAUUCCGUUCGUUUGUGUUAUUGUUUUUUUUCCUGGCCAUCUUAGCAUUUGUGCCGCCCAUUUUUUUACAUCUCAGAUUGAAGCGACAUGCUCAGAUACAAAGACAAAAAUGUGGUUGGUUACAGAAUCCUCCUCUUGUUUGUGCCCAUGGAGGCGAUUCAAGCAGGGCUCCUGCAAAUACGAUGGCAGCAUAUCGCUUAGCUGUUCACUCUCAAGUUGACUGUAUGGAAAUUGAUGCAUCUCGUUCCCAUGAUGGUGUGUUGAUGGCAAUACAUGACAGGGACUUGCAGAAUAUGUCUGGUGACAACUCCGCAAAGGUGGGAAAUUUAAAUCUGAGUCAGAUUAAACGAUUGGAUGCAGGCUUUGGAUUUUCAAAAGAAUUCCAACAUCAAGAAGUGCCCACUCUUGAUGAUGCCUUAAAGUUUGUGUCAGAUGCAGUCAAGCAAGUCAUUGUAGAUGCAAAAGUUGGUCCCCCUCGUUUUGAAGAGGGUCUAGCAGCAGACUUACUUUUGACGAUGAACAAGAUUCAGUGCAGAAACUGCAUUAUUUGGGCCAAGACGGACAGUUUAGUGAGAGAAUUGAAAAAGCUGUCUCAUGAUGUUGUGGUGGGAUAUAUUGUAAUGAAAGAUCCUAUAACUGGAAUGCAAAGCGAUUUACUUCGUAUGGAAAGAGCAGACGUCAUUGGAGUUUAUCAUGUUUUAGUGAAUGAGAAUCUUGUUGGAAAGGCACACAGGGCAGGGAAAAAGGUGUAUGCUUGGACCGUGGAUAAUAUAUAUUCUAUGCAAAAGAUGCUCUUUGCAAGAGUGGAUAGCAUCAUAACAAGUCAGCCUCGCUUGCUUCAGCAAGUGAUGGAAGAUAUAAGAAACCAGUGCAUAGAUGACGGAUUUCUUCUUAAUUGAAUGAAUGUAAUAACCGAGUUCAAGCUAUAUACAGCCAUAUGUAUUUUUACUUUUAGGCAGUAAUCCAAUAAUCAGUUAACGAUCUUUCUAAUUGAAACUGAGUGAUUCUUUUCAUUUUUUAAAAAGGUUUUAAUUACUCAUUUAAGGUGAAGGUUGUGAUGCCCUAUAGUUCAGUUUUUUUGUAAAGAUUCUUUUGUUGCCGCUAUGAAGAAGCAACCCAUUCUUUUUAGCUUUUCA